AUGCCACCCCCCUCCCACCACCAAGCCAUCUGGACCCCGCCCAGCGACACCACAUCCGUCGCCUUCCGCGGCUUCGCCACGGGCGCCUCGCGCUUCCUCUGCAUCUCCCUGAUCGCGCAUCUCCUGCUCUCACGCAUCCACCCGGUCUACCGCAACCUCACCCCACAAUUCAAGACCUUCAUCCAGAUCAGCAGCGGCACGCUGGGCGGCUGCAUCUUUGCGGAAAAGUAUGUGACCGAGUAUAAUGACAGUAUCAGGAAGAGGCGGCGGGCGCUGGAGAGGAGCGCGCGGGCCUGGAGUGAGGAGAGGGAGAUUCGGGAGAGGGUCGAGAGGGAGGUGGAGGAGGAGGCUGCUGCGAGGAGGAAAGGGGACGGGGGAGGCGAGGAGGAGGGGCAGGGGGCGAGGGGCAAGGCGCCGUGA